CUCCAGUCGCCAUGGUGAACUUCACAAUUCCCCAGCUUCGUGCUAUCAUGGACAAGCCGAAGAACAUUCGUAACAUGUCCGUGAUUGCUCACGUUGACCACGGAAAGUCUACUUUGACCGACUCCUUGGUUGCUGCUGCUGGCAUUAUCUCUAUGGCUUCUGCUGGUGACCAGCGUUUGACCGACACUCGUGCCGACGAGGCUGAGCGUGGUAUCACCAUCAAGUCCACUGGUAUCUCGCUUUACAACGAGAUCUCCGAGGAAGAGAUUCCCGACGCUAAGAUGCCCAAGGAUUCCGCGGGACGUGAAUUCCUUAUCAACUUGAUCGAUUCUCCAGGGCACGUUGACUUCUCCGCUGAGGUUACUGCGGCUCUUCGUAUCACUGAUGGCGCUUUGGUUGUUGUGGAUUCCAUCGAAGGAGUUUCUGUGCAGACCGAGACUGUUUUGCGUCAGGCUCUCGGUGAGAGGAUCAAGCCCGUUCUCACUGUCAACAAGUUGGAUCGUGGUUUCCUUGAGUUGCAGCUCGACUGGGAGUCUAUGUACACCAACUUCUCCAAGCACGUUGAGAACGUCAACGUUAUCAUCUCCACCUACAAGGACGAGGCUAUGGGUGAUUUGCAGGUCUAUCCCGACAAGGGAACUGUCUCUUUCUCCGCUGGUCUUCACGGAUGGGCCUUCACCCUCCCUCAGUUUGCCCGUAUGUACGCCAAGAAGUUCGGUGUCAGUGAGGAGAAGAUGUGCGAGAGAUUGUGGGGUGAGAACUACUUCAACCCUGCUGAGAAGAAGUGGACCAAGGAGGGAGACACUGCCAACCGCGCAUUCAACAUGUUCAUCUUGGAUCCCAUCGGCAAGAUUGUUCAGGCCACCAUGAAUGACCAGCUGGACAAGCUGGAGAAGAUGCUCUCUGCUUUGAACAUCAAGAUGAAGAAGGAGGAUCUCGAGCUCAAGGGCAAGGCUUUGCUCAAGAGAACUAUGCAGUCCUGGAUCCCUGCCCACAAGGCUCUUUUGGAGAUGAUGAUUCUUCACUUGCCUUCGCCCGCCGCUGCUCAGAAGUAUCGUGCUGAGCUGCUCUACACCGGACCUGCUGAUGAUGCUUGCUGCACCGGAAUCCGCGAGUGCAACCCUGAGGCCCCAUUGGUGCUCUACGUCUCCAAGAUGGUUCCAUCGGCGGACAAGGGAAGGUUCAUCGCUUUCGGACGUGUGUUCUCUGGAACUGUUCAGGCUGGUGUCAAGAUCAGGAUCAUGGGACCCAACUACGUUCCUGGAAAGAAGGAAGACUUGAACAUCAAGUCUAUCCAGCGUGUUGUGCUGUUCAUGGGAAGGAAGCAGGACCCCGUUGACACUGUUCCUGUUGGUAACACUUGCGGUUUGAUUGGUAUCGAUCAGUUCCUUGUCAAGACCGGUACCCUCACCACCGCUGAGGAUGGCUACCCCAUGAAGGACAUGAAGUUCUCUGUGUCCCCCGUUGUGCGUUGCGCCGUUGAGCCCAAGAACCCCCAGGAUCUUCCCAAGCUUGUUGAGGGUCUUAAGCGUUUGGCCAAGUCCGAUCCUAUGGUUGUCAUCUCUAUCGAGGAGUCUGGAGAGCACAUCGUUGCCGGAGCAGGAGAGCUUCACAUGGAGAUCUGCUUGAAGGAUUUGCAGGAUGAUUACAUGAACGGAGCACCCCUCAAGAUCUCUGAUCCAGUUGUGUCUUACCGUGAGACUGUCACUGCUGAGACUGAUCAGGAGUGCAUGUCCAAGUCCCCCAACAAGCACAACCGUCUUUACUUCAAGGCUCUUCCCCUCGGAGAGGAGCUCACCAACAUCAUCGAUGACGGACAGAUCACUCCCAGGGAUGAUGUCAAGGUUCGCGGUCGUCGUUUGGCUGAUGAAUUUGGAUGGGAUGUCGACAUUGCUCGUAAGAUCUGGGCGUUCGGUCCCGACAUUGUUGGUCCCAACUUGGUUUGCGAUGCCACCAAGGCUGUGCAGUUCUUGAACGAGAUCAAGGAUUCCGUCGUUGCUGGCUUCAACUGGGUUACCAAGGAAGGCGUUAUUUGCGAGGAGAACAUGCGCGGAAUCUGCUUCCAGAUUCUCGAUGUGACCAUGCACGCUGAUGCCAUCCACAGAGGUGGUGGACAGAUCAUCCCUACCGCCCGUAGGGUUAUGUAUGCUGCCGAGAUGUUGUCACAGCCCCGUCUCAUGGAGCCCGUCUUCCUUGUCGAGAUCCAGUGCCCUGAGCAGGCUAUGGGAGGAAUCUAUUCUUGUUUGAACAGGCGUCGUGGACAGGUGUUUGAGGAGAACCAGCGUCCUGGAACUCCUUUGUACAACGUGAAAGCUUACUUGCCCGUUUCUGAGUCCUUCGGCUUCGACUCCGAUCUCCGUGCCCAGACUGCUGGUCAGGCGUUCCCUCAGUGCGUGUUCGAUCACUGGGAUCUUGUUCUCGGUGAUCCUCUUGCUCCUGGCAAGCUCCGUGAUGAGGUCAUCGCCGGCAUCCGCAAGCGUAAGGGUCUCGCCGUCGAGGUUCCUCCUCUCGACCGCUUCAAGGACAAGUUGUAAACGGAAAGAGUUUGACGUAGAGAUGCGAUGCUCAUGGUAGUUACAUUUUGGUUAUUAAUCUUGAAUCCUGGCUUUUGACGAGAUAGGGACAUCUGCGUUUUUUUGCAGUAGAACCGUCUUCUUAAAGAAAAUAAACUUGAUCUUUCCACC